AUGGAAAACGGAAAUUAAUUUAAAAUAUAUGAUUUUAUGUUCCCAGGAUCAUAAACAGCAAAAUUAGUUAAAGUAUAAUGCCUAGAUGAUUAUACUUAUUUUCCUUUUAUUGAUAUUUUCAAAAGAACAGGAAUACCAAUAUGUUCCCCUGUCGUAAAUUUAAUAGGAGCAAGAGAAAAUAAUAGAGGAAAAUUUUUUGCAGGUUUAACAAGAGCAUGUUUUAAUAGUGAUGCAGUAAUUAUAGACAAUGGAAUAUUUAGUGGAUGCGAAAAAUAGGCUUAAAGAAAAGGAUUAAAAUUAAUUGGAAUAGCACCAGAAAAUGAUAUAUAAUUUCCGAAAGUUAACUAAAAUUAAUUCAAUUAAAAUGAACUUUCUAAAGGACAUACAUAAUUUUUUUUAUUAACUGAUUGCUAAUGGUCUUAAGAAGUUUUGUUUAAAUUGCUUUUAGCCUUAAAAAUUGCAUAAGGAAAUCUAAAUAAAAACCCAAAUCAUUAAAAAAUUGUUAAUAUAUUAUUAGGAGAUAGUGAUUAAUAUAUUGAAGAAGUUAGACUUGCAGUAGAAUUUGAUUAAGUAGUUUUAAUAGUACCCGGAAGUUUAAUUUGCAAUAGACUUAUUAAAGAAGCUAAUGGAACAAUUUAAUAAAGAUAAUCGUAAAUUGAUGAUGAAUAUAUUGAUAAAAUAAUGGGUAACAAUAGAUGA